AUGGCGUUAGCUAUAAAGAAAUUCAUCAAAACAACCUAUAUUAUCUAUUUGGAGCUGAAGAAGGUUCCCAUCAGAGAACCAGAGAUCAUCUUCUUAGAUGAAAAUAUACAGCUACACUUGGGGAAUGAGGCAAACACUGGGAAUCAACAGCAGCAGGCAACUUUUGAAACAUCUCAGCGCAUUGCUCAUGGGAAGGAGAAACGCUGUGUGCUGAAAAGGAAAAUCAGACACACAGUGGUGCAGGAGAAGGUUCUAACUGGUGAACUAGAGCCUGAGCCCAGUAUUAUAAUGGAGGAGGCAGAAAGCAUCACCCUGCAGCAGGAGAAGGAAAAAGAGAAUACCAGGGCAGAAGGGGAAAGCACAAAGACAUAUCGUGGGUUUAAUAUAGAUGUCUCCCCACAGCAGGAAGAGAAAAGCAACUGUGAGGUACAAACAUUCACCAUCUAUUAUGCAAAUCAUGGCUUCUUUGUACGGGUGAAAGUGGACCGGUACAGGCUGGUACAGAAGCCGAUCUAUGAGGAAUCUGGUCCCCUGGCUACAGUUACCAGCCAGAUCCUUGUAGCUGUGGCUGGUCUGAGAGACACAGUGAAAACCAAUGCUCAGGCAGCUGCAGUAAUGUUGACCUCAGUCCUGAAAGAGCAGAGGCACAAUAUUAAGGAAAAGGUGCCAGAGAUCAUGGAUAUUAUUUAUUUCCACCUGCAGGCUAUCGAGGAGGCCAGUGCCAGACAGGCAGCUAUGGGUGCUGUGUGUUUACUAGCUGAAAAGCACACAAGAGAAGUAGUCUCAGCCCUACUGAGACUCUCGCUCCCAUGUGACAGCCAUGUCAGUCAGAUCUGGGAGGCCCUAGGCAGAGCCAAAAAAAGUGUCAGGCUCCGGGUGCUUGCUGAGCUCCUGGAGAUGCUAAAAAGAAGACCAUAUCUCAAGAAGAGUGAAACCUCUGAGUCAAGAAAUAACUUUGAGGAUAACGCCUCUCUUUUGCCUCUAGCUGCAACAAGGGCCCUAUGCAUAAUAUUCAGUAAUAAAGAAUGCACAGUGCCUAUGGAUGCCUUUUAUGUAUCUGUGUUAAUCUUCCUGAUCAUUCAGCUGCAUUACCUGGUGAGCCUCCCAAAGGUGGUGUGUGGCUGGGAGGACAGGUUCCAAACAUCCAGUUUUGUGAGCUGUGCAGUGGAGGCUCUGAAAGCUGUGAUUAAAAGAGAAAAAUCCUCUUUGAUGCAAUCUGUGAGUCUGGCAGGAGGCUGGGACCUUUUAUCCAUGCCAGAGACUUACCUGGAAGGAGUUCUCCUUCUGGCUAGAGCCAUUGUAAGACACUAUCGGAGCCUGGAUUUUGCUGUGUUUACCAAGGUGUCCCCUCUCCUGCACCACAGGGAUGACAAACAGAAGCUUACUGCAAUGGCCUUGUUCACUGGGCUUCUUUCUACUGAGUCUGCAUAUGUGACACUAAAAAAGCAAUAUAUUCUGGGCCACCUGAAGAAUUGGCACAUUGACCCAAGUCCUACUGUCCGUUGGCUUGGUCUUCUUGGACUUGGAAAUGUUGCACUUCAUCUGCAGAAGCAGAAAGAAGUCAAAGCCCUGCUUACUGAUAUCCUGAAGACUUUUAAUGACCCUGAGGAGAAAGUAAUUCUGAUGGCUUUUGAAGCUGCUACCAAAAUUGUCACCCGCCACAAGCACAAGGGCCAUCUUGGCACAGAAUUUGUGAAAACUGCCAGACAGCUUCACCCAUUCCUGGCUGACGAGAGGCAAAAAAUAUGCUGUGCUGCAACUGAGCUUUUUGGGGAUCUGCUCAGGGCCCUGAAUAGGAAAGAUAAAUCCCUCAUGCAGGAAGAGGUCCUCAACAGUAUGGUCCCACUGCUGCUGAAUCUGCAGCAACAGCAUCCUGAUGUGAUCAAGAGCUGUACAGACACCUUACAGGAGUGUAAAAUCUUCUUGGGAUGGACCUUAAAUGACAACCAGGAGUCCUGGGACACUCUCUGUGAGCAUCUUAUCGAGCAAUACCCAGGAAGACUAUGGAGCUUCUUACACCAGGCCCAAGAGUAUCUCAGAAGCCCAUGGACUUCUUCAGGAAGAGCUGCCGGCAUAUUCAUAGACGUCAUAAUCCAGCAUAUGGAAUACAGUCUAGUGGAAAAGGAAGCCAUGGAUUUAUUGCAGUGUGUUGCCAGUGUCGCCACUCAGGAGGGGCAAGUAUGCAGGCCUUACCCAGCACCAUGUACCAUGGCCUGCUGCUUCCUGUGUUCUUGCGGAUUUGCCUGCUUGAUCCUGAGGCCUCUGUCUACACCAUGCUCACAUCCACCCUCAAGAUAG